UCGGCUGAGCUUCGUAACAAAUGUAGACGCAGCAGCUGCGCUGCACAGAAGACCGAGCAAUCGGCUUAUAGAAUAGAGCUGCGUUACGAGCUAAAUAACAUUCGUAAUAAAUAUAAAUGUACAUUCGGAUCCUAAUGGCCUGCUAAUAUUGAUAUUUUGGCGCGUUUCUGUAAGGAUCGGCGGCCGUUAUUGUAGCAGCGCGCGCGAGACGGUGGAUUUACCUCAGAAAAACCAAACCGAAGACCGCGGAUAUUUCACCGGAAUAUUACGUAUUUACGGUGAGCAGGAGAACCGUUCGCCACACACCGUCACCCGCUCGGUUCACAGAUCACGGGGUUCUCGGAUGGAGCGGAACACCGAGGCGCGGAGUCACGGAUCGCGGUCCCGGUGUGAGGAGCUCCUCCGCGGCGACGCGUCCAUGAACGUAUCGAUCAGCUCCACCACCGGGAGCCGCUUCGAGCUGUCCGUUCCUCUGGAGGAGACCGUGGAGGGGCUCAACCGGAGACUGUCCGAGAAACUCCGGGUUCCGAGGGAGCGACUGCUGCUGCUGCACCGAGACACGAGGUUAAACUCAGGAAAGCUGCUGGAUUUCGGUGUGGCUGACGGAAGCAGACUGACGCUGGUGCCCACGGUUGAAGCCGGACUGAUGUCGCAGUCGUGCCGCUCGGAGCAGUCGGUCCUGCAGGCGCUGGAGACUCUCUCAGACGCUCAGGUCAGUGACUUCUUGUCGGGACGGUCCCCGCUGACCCUUGCCCUGCGUGUGGGCGAUCACAUGAUGUUUGUGCAGCUCCAGUUGGCGGCUCAGGCGUCUGGAGGACAGCCGUCCCUUUCCAGGGGUCCUACGGGCCCCAACCAGAUGCAUACAGGGGCCGUCAGCAGUGGAAACCCCUCAGACUCACAGCAGCGGGAACAGGACGUCUUUAAGAGCCGCUCUGCCCCGCCCUCAUCUCAGGAUCGCCACACCCACAGCGCUCAAAGCCCCACCCCUGCUCUUCACUCACAGCAUGUGUGCCACGCCCACAGCACUCAAAGCCCCGCCCCUGCUCCGCCCUGCAUUCAGGCUGAAGGCAGCAGACAGCGAUGCAAACCCGGCGCCGUCAUCGAGAGCCUGGUCAAUCAUUCGCCGGGAGUUUUCUCAGGAACCUUCUCAGGUACUCUACACCCCACCUGUCAGGACAGCAGCGGGGGUCCUCGCCGUGACGUCAGCACCAUCCUGCAGAUCCUCAACGACCUCCUGAGCGCCACACGGCUUUACCAGAGAUCUCCUCCGACACUGACGCACCUCCGCUGCCCUCCGACCUCACACACACACACACCUCCACCCUCACCUACCUCAGACACACACACACCUCCACCCUCGUCGACCUCAGACCGACCGCAGCCACAGCCGCAUGCACACCUGCGCAGGCCCUCCGGAGAGCGUCUGCGGCAGACGGAGAAUAAAGCCAUGCGCUGUAAGGUGGAGCAGCUGCAGCUCUUACUGCAGCAGCGGCGUCUGCGGCGAAAGGCCCGGAGAGACACUCGCGGCCCGUAUCACUGGAUGACCCAACGCCAGAACCUGUCCAGCGACGCAUCGCUCCCCCUGGACUACCAGGAGCCGGUCUGGAAACCCGACGGCCCGGCAGACAUCAACCCGGAGUUUGUCGUGGUGUGACGGACGCAAGGAUGAAACCGUGACACGACCUGGGCAUUAACGGCCGACUGACACACAGUCCCUCAGGAGCCGCUUCAUGGCCUUCACGGUCGGUUUGCAGGGAUUCUCAGUUCUCUUCACGGAUGUUCAAGCGCAGGAUGUAGCAUCUUCACAUCAGGUGUUCAACUCUGGUGCAUGAUGUUUUGCACAGUUCAUUUCUCUUGAGCAUUAUGGGAUUGUUGAUGUGUGUUUCAGAGGACAGACGUCAGUCAGACCGCUGAUUAUUUUCAGCCUGGUUUUGGGCAAAUCUCAUGAAAACAGCUCAUAUUUCACCCCAGAAUCAAAUGAAUAUGUAUAUUUGUCAUAUAAAGAAAAUGAAG